AUGACUGUAGAGCAGAAUGUCCUCCAGCAGCAUUCUCAGAAGCACCAGCAGACCCUACUAAACCAGUUACGAGAGGUCACAGGCACCACAGAUAUUCAGCUCCUUCAACAGGCCUUGCAGGUGAGCAAUGGAGAUCUGGCUGAAGCUGUGGCCUUUCUGACAGAGAAAAAUGCCAAGGUCCCUCAGCAAGAUGAGACCACCUACUACCAAACUUCUCAGGUGUCAGGUGACCGAUACAUCAGUGUGGGCAGCCAAGCAGACUCAAAUGUUAUUGACCUGACAGGAGAUGAUAAAGAUGAUCUCCAGAGAGCAAUUGCCCUCAGCUUGGCAGAGUCCAGUCGCGCCUUUAGGGAGACUGGCAUCACUGAUGAGGAGCAGGCCAUCAGCAGAGUUCUGGAGGCCAGCAUAGCAGAGAAUAAAGCAAGUCUAAAGCGCACCCACACUGAAGUAUGGAGUGAUUCGCCAAACCCACAUGACAGGAAGAGGAUAGACAACUGCCCCGUAGGCUUGAAAAAUGUCGGCAAUACCUGCUGGUUCAGUGCCGUCAUCCAGUCUCUGUUUAACCUGCUCGAGUUCCAGAGACUGGUACUCCACUACUCUCCACCGGCCAGGGUUGAUGAUCUUCCCCGAAACCAGAAGGAACACCGGAACCUUCCCUUCAUGCAAGAGCUUCGGACUCUCUUUUCCCUUAUGGUUGGAUCCAAGAGGAAAUAUGUAGAUCCGUCACGGGCAGUGGAAAUCCUCAAAGACGCCUUUAAGUCCAGUGAGUCACAGCAGCAGGAUGUGAGUGAGUUCACGCACAAGCUCCUGGACUGGCUGGAGGAUGCCUUUCAAAUGAAGGCUGAAGAAGAUGGGGAAGAAGACAAACCAAAGAACCCAAUGGUUGAACUAUUCUAUGGGCGAUUCCUUGCUGUUGGUGUCCUUGAAGGUAAACAAUUUGAGAACACAGAGAUGUUUGGCCAAUACCCGCUGCAAGUAAACGGCUUCAAGGAUCUGCAUGAGUGUCUUGAGGCAGCGAUGAUCGAAGGGGAGAUUGAAUCCCUACACUCAGCAGAAAACUCGGCCAGGUCUGGACAAGAGCACUGGUUCACAGAACUCCCUCCUGUGUUGACUUUCGAGCUGUCAAGAUUUGAGUUUAAUCAAGCACUUGGACGGCCUGAAAAGAUCCACAACAAGCUUGAGUUCCCCUCAAUGCUCUACAUGGACAGAUACAUGGACAGAAACAGAGAAAUAACCAGAAUCAAGAGGGAGGAAAUCAGAAGACUUAAAGAGCAUUUGACUUUGUUCCAGCAGAGAUUGGAAAGGUAUCUGAGCUAUGGCUCUGGCCCUAAGAGGUUUCCUCUGGCAGAUGUCCUCCAAUAUGCAAUGGAGUUUGCUUCUAGCAAACCUGUGUGUACUUCUCCUGUGGAAGAUAUUGACUCGUCAGCACCCCCUGGUGGCACAACUGGACUACAGCUCCCCUCUCAGAGCUUGCCUGAACAGGACUCUUUGGCUCCUGCAGAGAGCUCAGGCUCUGCCUCAGGCCCUGCUUCUACUGUCACUGCAGCCCAGCAGCAGAGAGCACCGAUUCAUAAGCCUUUCACCCAGUCCAGACUACCUCCUGAUCUCCCUAUGCAUCCUGCUCCACGCCACAUUACUGAAGAGGAAUUGAGGGUGCUGGAGGGAUGCCUGCAUCGAUGGAGGAGUGAAGUUGAAAAUGAUACUCGUGAUCUACAGGAGAGUAUAAAAAGAAUCCACAGAACAAUUGAGCUGAUGUACUCAGACAAAUCAAUGUUGCAGGUCCCCUACCGGCUUCAUGCAGUGCUGGUCCAUGAAGGCCAGGCCAACGCAGGGCACUACUGGGCCUACAUCUAUGAUCCACAUCAACGUUGUUGGAUGAAGUACAACGAUAUCUCUGUUACAAAAUCCUCCUGGGAGGAACUGGUUCGGGACUCGUUUGGAGGCUACCGCAACGCCAGUGCCUACUGUCUUAUGUAUAUAAAUGAAAAGAAGCCCUUUCUCAUAGAAGAGGAAUUUGAUAAAGAAACCGGACAAAUACUAAGUGGCAUGGACAAGCUUCCACCGGACCUAAAGCAGUACGUAAAGGAGGACAAUGAACUCUUUGACAAGGAGAUUGAGGAGUGGAAUGCUCUGCAGGCUCGCAAGGCCCAGCAGGAAAAGUUGGCUCUUGCUACAGCGGCAGCUGCAGCAUCCAGCACCUCAAUUUCCUCCUCCUCACCCCAGCCCAUGACACCACAGCAAGAUCCUGAGUACAUGGAGCAGCCAUCCCCUACUAAUGACUCCAAACAUCUCCAGGAGGACACAGAAAGAGCCAUAUGUAGGGCAACUGCUGAACAGGAGGAGAGAAGCCCUGAAGCACUGCUAAAUGCUGCAAUGAUGACCCCAAACAUGCAAGGUGUAAUUAUGGCUAUUGGCAAAUCCAGCAGAGUUUAUGAAAAGAAUGGGCCCGAGGCAGCCUUUUUUAAGGCCCUCAAGCUAGAAUAUGCUCGACUUUUGAGAUUUGCCCAAGAAGACACUCCCCCGGAGAAUGACUACCGACUACAGCACGUCAUUGUCUACUUUCUCCAGAACCAAGCACCUAAGAAAAUCCUGGAGAGGACUUUGCUCACUCAGUUUGCUGACCGGAACCUGGCAUUUGAUGAGAGAUGCAAAAGCAUUAUGAAUGUGGCACGCGCAAAACUGGACCUAAUUACGCCUGAGGAGGUCAACAUGGAUGAGUAUGAGAUAUGGCAUCAGGACUACAGGAACUUCCGUGAAACAACCAUUUUCAUGAUAACUGGCCUGGAGCUCUUCCAUAAGACAAAAUAUAUGGAGGCGCUGAUAUAUCUCAUAUACUCGUACCAAUACAACAAGGAGCUUUUGUCUAAGGGGCUUUACAGAGGACAUGAUGAGGAGUUCCUUGGGCAUUACCGUAGGGAUUGUUUGCUGAAAUUAAAUGAGCAAGCAGCAGCCAUGUUUGAGUCAGGAGAAGAACCAGAGGUGACAACCGGUUUGGGGAUCAUGAACGAGUUGGUGGUACCAUGCAUCCCCUUACUGCUGGUCCAUGACACUGAGAGAGACCUACUGGCAGUGGAAGACAUGAGGAACCGUUGGUGCUCAUACCUGGGCCAGGAGAUGGAAGCCAACCUCCAAGAAAAGCUGACCGACUUCCUUCCGAAGUUAUUGGACUGCUCGACGGAGAUCAAAAGCUUCCACGACCCUCCGAAGGUGCCCGCCUACUCCACCUUGGAGCUAUGUGAAAGAUUCGGCCGCAUCAUGAACACCCUAAGCAAGGUGGUCAACCAUGGGAGAUGA